AUGGAUUAUCAGCAGAAGGAAGAGCUGCUCCGGGUUUCUAUCAGGGAGUUCAGUGACUUCCCCUCCCCCGGCAUCCUCUUCAGGUAACGGGGGUCCCACGUGUGCAGCCACAUAGCCUGGAGACAGGCAGGGAUUAUUAACCCAGGGUUUACCAGGGGUCACUGGAUCCUGACACUGACACUGAGUGCUACACCCCCUCCUCCCCCCUGCUAAAUCACCCUGCCCCCAACUAAACCAACUGCUGCACCCCUAACUAAAUAACUGCUGCACCCCUAACUAAUAACUGCUGCACCUAACUAAAUCACUGCCACCCCUAACUAAAUAACUGCCACCCCAGCUAAAUCACUUUCACCCCCCAGCUUCAUCACUUGCCGCACCCCAGCUAAAAUCACCCCUGCACCCCCAGCUAAAUCACACACUUUAGCUAAAUCACCCCUGCACCCCCGGCUAAAUCACUGCACCCCAAGCUAAGUCGCACCACUUUAAGCUAAAUCACCCCUGCACCCCAGCUAAAUCCCGCCCCUGCACCCCCAGCUAAAUCACCCUGCACCCCCCAGCUAAAUCACCCUGCACCCCCUAAAUCACUUGCACCCCAGUAAUCACUACACCCCAGCUAAAUCACCCCUACCCCAGCUAAAUCACCUGCACCCCCAGCUAAAUCACCCCUGCACCCCCCCAGCUAAAUCACCCUGCACCCCCCCCCAGCUAAAUCACUUUACCACUUUCCGGCAAAUCACCCACACCAUCCCCCAGCUAAAUCCACCACCCACUGAAAGCAAACUUUAGCUAAAUCACCCCUACCCUGCUAAAUCCCACUACCCGCUAAAUCACCUGCUAUAAACUGCUAUACCCUCAGCCACCUGGCAUGGGGCACAUACAUUAUUGUAACUACAUCUUCCAAUGGUUUCUUGUUUACACCAGUUUAUUAGCACUAUGCGUUCUUGAAUAGAACAAGGAUAAUGUUUUAUUUGCUUAUUGCUUUUUACUAGGGACAUCACUUGUGUUCUCAAAGACCCAGUGGUCUUCAGGGCUUGCCAUUGACCUCUUUGUAGGGAAUCACCUCUCUUGGACAAACUACUCAGAGAUAUAUUGUGCGGGUAAGUCAGUCGUCCAUAGCUUUUAAACUGGGCUGGUUAGGGUUUUAUAGUAAGCCUGUAUCACAAGGAAGAAAAUAUAUUGGUUUGAGGCUUUAGCCGAGAGUCGAAAUGCUACCGUUACAUUCUAAUUAAAGUCUGCAUGUUGCACAUUUAAGAGCCUGGCCAUUUUUUCUUGUUUUGAUAGAUUGAUGGGAAUUGUAGCCAACCCAGUCUGCAAGGAGUCCUAACGAUCGUAACUAUAUCUCUUAAAGUGAACCUGCAAACAAAGUUUUUACUUAUCUUAAUUUGGCUCCAGAUACAUUAAAUACAACGUGUUUCAAAUUUAAAUCCGUAAAUAUAAGGUUGCUGGGUGGGGAGUAUUAAUUCCAUACCAGUUAAUUUUACUAACAUACUGAUACUCUCCUCCAGGCAUUGACUCCCGUGGCUUCCUGUUUGGCCCAGCGCUUGCACAGAGGUUUGGCAUUGGCUUUAUCAUGAUUCGUAAGAAAGGUAAACUACCGGGACCAACGGAAUCGGUGUCUUACACCUUGGAAUAUGGAAAGGUAUGCAGUGAAUUAAAGCAAUACUUCAUAGCCAACACCAGGAGCCUGACACUUCUGGGCGUCUAUGUAUGUUGCAGAAAAUAAUGGCAACUGUUAGAUUGCUGUACAAGUUAUAUACAGACUGCGGUUCUGUCACUUAAACCACAACGUGUCGCAAGCAUCUUCUGUUAGGAUAACUGGUCGAGUUAGAAUGCAAUGUACUUUAAUUUGGAUAUUUUUUGGGGGGGUAGAAAAUUGCUGUUUUGUCAAGAAUAGUUAGGGUAAUUUUUAGAGCUCCAAUUGAGAAAAGGAAUUUGGAGUCACAGUAUAGAUGUGGAAUAAUUAUUCCGGUAAAGGGAAAAUGUAUGUAUGUCUGUCUGUCAAAGUUGUUCCGUGGCACUGGAAGGGUUAAAAACACUGCAAGGUAACUGUUGCAGUUAAUCAGUGACUGCACUAAUCACAAUUGCAUGGUUAAGAGGACCGUCCCGGUCCUCUUUACCCUGCAAUUGUGAUUAGUGCAGUCCCAGUGCACCCAGACCACUUUAAUAAGCUGAAGUAGUCUGGAUGCCUAUAGUGUCCCUUUUUUUUAAGUACACAUGAAGUAAAAACAAAUCAAAACGUGAGCAUAGCAAUAAAAGCACAACGUGUUUUGUGACUCUGAAUCACAAUCACAAAAGGAGCUCCACCAGUACAAGGAGGUGAAAUGAUCCGGCUGGGAAUUGCUUCUAAGUUCAGUCGACUUUUAAUAGGCUCUACAAAGUGUGAGUUUCCUGUUUGGGAUAUGUUCAAAUAUUAACACCUAGCAUGUUACACUAUGAUGUGUUCUUUUAUGUUUACUGUAAGGAAAUCUAGUAUAUCCAAUCCUCAUUCGGUAGUUUCCUUCCGAACGGCCAGAGUAUCGGUGAUUAUAGCUCUCCGUUCGACAGUUGAAAUAAACAAAAUCCAUACGAAUACAAUGGCUUUACAAGAUGAUUCCCUUAAAGCAUACGAAUCCCCAGACACUCGACGACCAAGUCCCGCUGCCUUUGUUUGCACAAAAAAAAAUGGCCAACGUUUUCUCAGCCACGUGACGUUCGGCAGUACGAACGAUGGCCGCACCGGUAGAGGGUUCAAUUGAGGCAUGCUUUGUAGUUAACGUGCCAGGGGGGUGGUCUCUGUUCGGUAGUUACAUCUACCGAAUGAAAAAGUGGAGAAAUACCGAACAUAAAGAGGGAUUUCUUCACAUUUACCUUAUAGGAGACAUUUAUUCCUGUAUAUUUUAUGAAUGUACAAUUGUAUUGGUAACUAUAGGCACUGUCUGCACACUGUCUCUCUUUUUAUCCUGUUUUUGUUUUGAUUUAUUUUAGUGUAAAAAGUGACAUUACACCUAAAGGUUUUAUUGUAGCACCUUUUAUUCCAUUCAUUAUAUGGCUUGUAAACCUUGGCAGGGGGGGAAAGAUGACAUGGUUUGCUUUUGGGGGAGUUGUUGCAUUGAAACUAUAAUCUUAACCUUUAUUUCUCUGUAUCUUUUCAGGCUGAACUUGAGGUUCAGAAAGAUGCAGUUCAUCCUGGCCAGAAAGUAGUGAUCAUUGAUGAUCUGCUUGCCACAGGAGGUAAACCGUUCACAUGUGUGUUGCCAUUGCAGUAUGUCAGGGCACGAUUGCAGGUCCCAGGUGCUGUGGAGUUUUUGCAGGAGUAGGUUUGGGCUUCACCAUGGGAGCCCACUGUUUAAUGGUCCAUCAUUUUUAAUCUUCCAGUUAAGCCUUUGGAUAAAUAAUGGCCAAUGAAUCCACAAAGUAUAGCACAGAAGAAAAACUUGUCUUCAGGUGGAACGGAUCAACAACUGUAUAUUGUUGGGGAAGACCAUUCUAAUUCAUCUCAAUAGAUAGAUGGGUAUAACGUUCAGAAAUAAAUCGAUUCAGCAACAGUAUUAGUCUUGAUUUAAAGAGAUGAGACAGGUUGUGCAGUCAGAACACCAAUCACUCUGGAGCAAAACCCAACUGGGUUAUGGUUGCUGAGACUUGGAUUGCAAAGGGCCCUCUAAUCCAUAGGAAGUGUGAGAGAUACUGCUUGUCAUGAUAAACUCACAGGGCUAAUGGUAUUUGUCAUGUAAUGGGUAAAGCAAACACAUCUGAUGUGACUGAAUGAGGUAAGAGUAUACACACCUGUAAGCAGGGAGCCAGUCCUCAGCCUGAUUCCCUUGUAUUGCAGGGGUCUUAAAAACUAUGGAUAGGGGGGGCGUGGCCAACCGAGCACCAGAGAAGACGUGUUUAAACAGAGCUCCGUCCCAGAAUCUCAAAAAAAACGUUUUAAAUACGGAAAACAGACUCCGAAACACGCUGAGAGACAACUACCCUCACUCAGAAGACACAAUGGGGCGAAAAAACAGGAAACCUCGUCUUCCAGAGGCUCCAAAAAUGCAGGAUAUCAGACUAUCCUUAGAGAGGCCCACACCGCGGGGCCCAGCCAAAAUGGCGCCCGACUUGCCUAGCGAGGAUGAGGCACUAGAGAACUAUCAGGAGGAGGAGGAAGCCCCGGCCUCACAAUCGGAGGGGACCCCCUCUAAUGAGUCAGUCAGAUGAAGACUCUUCGCCGGCAACAAAGAGAGACAUUAAAAAUCUCCUGCUGGACAUGCGACGUGUGUGGAAGGCUGACCUCCUAGACACGCGCACGGAGAUAGGGACCCUCAAACAACGGGUCACAGAGAUCGAAACAAAAGAAGUAGCUAGGGACCAGAAAGUGCAGGACAACCACAACAAUCUGCAAGAAUUAACAGAGCAGGUACAGAAACUCACCAAGUCGAUGUUAGUGAUGGAGUCCAGGCACAGAAGGAGGAAUAUCCGCCUCCGCGGCAUCCCAGAGCACGUCGACGGCGAUGCAACAAUGCCCUUCCUCCGACGCUUCAUUGCCUCGCUGGGAAUAGGAGGCAACACAGGCUCAGAGGCACUAACAUCAGCAUUCCGGGUCCGCAAAGCCGCAGCUGCCCCUACAGACGCACCAAGAGACAUAAUUGCCGCGACCAAGGACAUUGCAGUUCGAUCUGCGAUUAUGGCCAAAUCAAGAGAGCUGGGAACCAUACACUUCGAAGGCUAUGACAUAGCCAUAUACGGGGACAUCCCUUUUGCCGUCCUCGCAGUCAAGAGACAGUUAACACCGGUGGCCAGACAGCUGAGAGAGGCGUUGAUCAGAUAUCGGUGGGGGGUGGAUGGCUCCCUGCAGGUAACACAAGGAAAUGACGUACUCACCCUCUCUUCUCCUGAGGACAAAGAGACUUUCCUCCAAAGACUGAAACUGAACGCAAAGAUCCCAGUGGAAGCCCAGAAGUUGAAAAUAGAUACACAGGGACCCAACAGAGUUCACCCAUUAAACCCCCAGGCCCGACUCCUAGCCAAACCACGCCACUUGGAGACACACCACACUCAUAGAGGCCCUCCGAGGUUACCUUACCAGUAAUUAGAAGCGAGACACACAAUAGUUGCCCACACUUCAUAAAUACGUACCCAUUUGAUGCCUGGUAAGCAGUAGCUAAACCCUCUCAACGACCUAAACACAGAGAUAACUUCCCAUGAUAUAAUGGAGGGGCCAAGCUGAGACCGCAUUAGAGGUACUCCUGCUUUUCAACCCAUAUAGCUUAAUAUAAACAACACCACACAGCGAUCCAAAUAUCAGCCACUAGUACACAUGUUGUCCUAUCGUUAUUUCAACUUAUUAGAGUUGCUGUGUAAACUUUAUAACUUUUCAUAUUGUGUACCAGAUGUAUUUUACAUUGUGAAAACACCAAUAAAAUACAAAUAUAAAUAAAAAAAAAAAAACUAUGGAUAGAAAUGUCAAAUUAAGAUUUGACAAACUACAAACCUUUGGAUUGUACUGUUUGAGGACAAUUUACAGUCAUUGACUUACAUUAUGGCAAACGUUUUUGGAAGCAUUUUGUAUUUGUAGGACUUUCUAAAUGACAUACAUACCAUGUGUUGUAUUGAGUCAAGUGUCUACAUUCCAGAGAUAAGACCCGAUUAGAAGCAGGUUUGGUGGAAUUGGAGGGUUUGCAAAGGAUGUAGACGAGAACUGCAGGUUUUGCAAGCUGUUGAUAGAUAUGCAUCUUCUUAUUGGUGUAUAACAAAAUGUUUUUGUUUGGGGUACACUACUAAACACUGCUGUGUUUUUAUUUUGUACGUGGGCAGCAGAGUGUCCCUUUAAUGCAAAAUUAAAUAGCCCCAAAUGCUUUCUUCGCAGCUGCUGCGUAUUACCCAGAAUUCUCACAUACAGUUUACAUUGGUAGAAUGGAUCAAGGCUGUUGAAUUCAGCACCAUCACAGUUCUGUACUGAUCUCUUACUGUUUAUUGCCUCUAAUUAUAUUAAAGAGAUCUGUUUCUCUAUCUUACAGGGACACUGAGCGCAGCAUGUGAAUUGAUAAAACGAAGGCAGGCAGAGAUCCUCGACUGUUUAGUCUUGAUCGAGUUGCUAUCUUUACAUGGCGCAGACAAGCUGAAGCCUUACAGAACACAUUCACUGCUAAAAUAUGAUUAG